AUGUUGAGAAUCAGUAGAAGACAGUUUAGUAACACAUUCAGAGCUCUGCUCAACUAUGGGAAACCACAAAAUCCUGCUCAUAAUCCAAAUAUUGAUAUGAAGAUCGAGCCAGUGAAAAGAACCGGUGAAACCGACGACGUGAAACGUGCAAGACUUGUAUACCAAUCAAGAAAAAGAGGUAUUUUAGAAAGUGACUUAUUGUUAUCUCGUUUCGCUAAGAAGUAUUUGAAGUCCUUCAAUUCUGCCCAAUUGGAUGAAUAUGAUAAACUUUUAGAUGAAGCUGAUUGGGAUAUUUACUAUUGGGCAACUAAAAAUUAUGAUGUUACCCCAUUACCUGAAAAGUGGAAGGAUUCAGAAAUCUUAAAACUUCUUCAAGCUGACGCUCAAAAUGAAGAAAGAGAAAUUUUAAGAAUGCCUGAAUUAUAA